AGGAAGGGUAGGACAGUAUAACCGUUAACAAAAAGUAGUAUUGCAUACGUGCAGACUCAGCUAUGGCUAUGAGUGUGAAUGCUAAAGUAGUUAUAGUAGGAUGCGGGAUUUCAGGUAUAGCAGCUGCACAAAGACUCGUUAACGCUGGAUUUCAACAUGUGCAAAUACUGGAAGCGACUGCAAGAAGCGGAGGAAGAGUAAAAACCGGCACACUGGGUGAUAAUAUCAUUGAGAUAGGGGCAAAUUGGAUCCAUGGACCGUCUGAAGAGAACCCAGUGUUUUGUCUGGCCCGUCAGUAUGGGCUGCUGGAACCAGAUGCCCUCACACCAGAGAACCAGGCCAUGGAUGUUGAGGGACAUCCCCCCUGGGUUCCCAACUUCUUCAGCAGUUCAGGUAGGAAGCUGAAUGCAGAGGAUAUCUAUCCUGCUCAGGAGAUGUUUCUUGAACUGAUGAGUGAAGGUUCAAAAUUUGAGAGUCAGGGUGGAGAACCCUGGGCCUGUGUGGGAGAUUUCAUACGUUCAGAGGCUGAACAACAAGCAGCAGAGAAGUGGAAAGAUAUCGAUGCAGCUACCAGAUGUCUGCGACUGUGCGUGAUCAGUAACAUGUUGAAGGUCGAGUGCUGUGUUAAUGGGGCUCACAGUAUGGAUGAGGUGGGCCUAGGGGCCUACGGUCUAUACAAGACUCUACCUGGGCUCGACUGCACAUUCCCAGGUGGCUAUGAAGGUCUAAUCAAAAACUUGAUGUCGGAGCUCCCCAGUGAUUUGGUGACUUACAACCGGCCUGUUCGCUGUGUCCACUGGAACAACACAGAGAAGGAAGAAAACUCUGUGAUGAUCGAAUGUGAUGAUGAGAAGAAGAUAGCUGCUGAUCAUGUCAUUGUCACUGUACCUCUAGGAUAUCUUAAGAAGCACCAUUCAACCCUGUUCAGUCCUCCUCUCCCUCUACACAAGCUGCACUCUGUAGAGAGACUAGGAUUUGGAACUAGCAAUAAAAUAUAUGUGGAGUUUGAUUCACCGUGGUGGGAUGCUGACUGUGAGGUCAUAUAUCUUGUGUGGGAAGAUGAGGAUGGCAUGGUGGACCAGGUGCCAGAUGUACAGAGAUCCUGGAUAAAGAAGCUGUUUGGCUUCACUGUGCUCAAACCCUCUGAAAGGUAUGGCCAUGUUCUCUGUGGCUGGAUUGCUGGCCAUGAGUCAGAGUAUAUGGAGACCCUGUCUGAACAAGAGGUCACACACACCAUGACACAACUCAUCCGCAGAUUCACAGGAAACCCGACCGUCACCCCGAGGAGAGUCCUGCGCUCGCAGUGGUUUCAUGACCCCUGGACAUGUGGAUCUUACAGUUACCCAGGAAAAGGUUGUUCAGCCCAGGACCUGGAGAACAUGAUGGAGCCUCUGCCUACCAAGGGGUCACUUUUACAACCCCUGCAGGUGUUAUUUGCUGGAGAGGCGACUCAUCCCUGCUACUACUCCACCGUCCACGGAGCUCUCCUUACUGGGUGGAGAGAAGCUGACAGACUCAUCUCUCACUAUUCCGCCAUCAGUACCUCUGAACCACCCAAGUCAAAGCUUUAAAAUAACAUUGCUGCUUUGUUAUUUAAAUCAGUCACUUAAGGGCGCUUUCAGCUAUUCUAAUCCGAAUAUCACCCAAUCGUCUGCGCUGCCUGGGCUAAAAGAAAAUCUGGUUUUCUUACACAGCAUGUAUUUACAGGAUCUGUAAAUGGG